GGGAUUUCGAUGAUGCAAAUCACCCCCCAUCUGGCCCAUGAGGAUCGACAGUAUAACAAGAAUCGUCAGGACAUGGAUCCAGAGCUUACGGGCGUGAUCAAGUCCGGCCAAUUAUAAGCACCGGAUAUUUUUAUAUUGUUGGACAUGCUCCAAUUGAAAAACAACACACGAUCCCAAACAACCCGAGAAAAUUCAGGAAAAAGUACUCCGUAAUGUUAACCGCUAUGCCACGGACAUGAUAAGGCGGGUCUCGAAUUCAAUUUUUGAUGGAAUAUGAAACAGAGACCCUGUAAGUAAGAAUAAAUCCCGACACGAUCUAUUCUCUGACAGCUCUCCUUGCGCGAUGAUCCCCACAACACUCUAAAGGUCUUGCCAGUUGGUUCACUUCGUGACGGGCCAACUGGCCAGUUGAUCGAACCGCGCCUUGGCAGAUCUCAUUGCUGCCUGAGGCUUCCAUCGCUCCAAGAACUUCGCACCUCACCUUCUCCCCCCCCCACCAGCCAAUCUCGCCAUUCCCUUCUCAUCCCUUCCCCUCUUCCCUCCCUCCCAUCCUCCCAUCCCACCUGGCAUCUGGCCAAAGAGGCAUGUCUUUCUUUGGUUUUGAUACCACUCUCCCCCGGGACCGCCAACAAGGUGGCCCGGCCAGGGGCUUCUUCGAGAACCCGGAUCCCUUCGCGGAGGUUGCUCGUGCGCAAGCACUGGAGGAUGACGAUGGAAUUGACUUCGAGGAUACCUACGAUGGUCUCGGUGACCAGCUUGACGAUGAUCAGGAUGCCUUCAACGAUGACACCUUUGGUGGUGGGGAUGCUGGAGCUACCGCUACUGGUGCGGUUGGGAGAGACUUUGACUUCUUCGGCACCACAGCCCAGGUCGCCGAUGUCAUUGGAGAGGAGCAGGUUCGCUAUGCCCUGCAAAACCCCUCGGCAGCUCCGUUGGCCGCCCAGCAGCAGCAUGCCGCCGCCCCGGCUCCGACCACGACGACCACCGCCGCCGCGACCGCCACUAAGCGCUCUGGAUAUGAGAAGUACUCGGACCCGGGAUACAUUCCCGAUCUGCAGGCCAAGUCCAGCGUCUGGGGUAUCUCGCAGAGGAAGCCCGACCCGAUUCCAGCUGCCAGCCGGAGAUCGAUGAUGAGCUUGGAGGAGGUCGAGGCGCAAAUGCGCCAGCGGGCCCAGCCUACCGCGACGAUGUCAUCCCAGUCAAUCCCUCAGCACAUGGCCGAGCCUUCCUACCUACCCCCGCCGCAAUAUCCUCAGGUUAUUCCCGAGGGCUUCCCCGCAAUUCCUCCCGAGUACUUGCGAGCUGCCCUUGAGAAGGGUGUGCUCCCCCCGGGCAUGCCUGGUCUCCCUCCCGGUAUUCCGGAGCUCCACGGUGCCCCUAUCAUGUCUGGACCUCCGCCGAUGCACAUCCAGCAAAACCAAAUUCCUCCUCAGAACCUGCCUCCCCAGGGUCACCGUCAUCCUGGCCCGCCUCCAGGCCAGCGUCAGCAGCAGCAACAGCAGCAGCAGCAGCAGCAACAGCAGAUGCCGCCGCCACCAUCGGCUCGUGGACCUAACGCUGGCCUGCCGGUCAUCACCAACCCGCAGCAGCUUAUGCAUCUCACUGAAGAGCAGCGUAAUGCUUACCUGGUGGAGGACGCGAAACGAGCGAAGCGCAACCACAAGAUCUUCCUUCUGUCUCGGGGCAAUGGCUUGAUGACACCCCAGGACAAGAACUUCAUCACCCGUAUUCAGCUGCAGCAAUUGGUGGCAGCUGCUGGAAACGUGGCCGAUGCGGACCCGGAAGCUGUUCUCGCGGAAGACUUUUAUUACCAAGUCUAUAGCCAGAUUCGGGGUGCACCCCGCCAGCACCCACACCAGCCUCUAGGUCACUUCGCCCAGACCUAUCUCCUCCAGACCGGAAACCGCCUGGGCGGACACGGAAAUAGGAGGGCAUUCCAAAGUGCCGAUAACCACAUGCAACGGAUGCAGCAGCAGGUCCAGCGUGCGGUUGAGGCGGCCAAGGCCAAGCCGAAGAACAAGCAACUUAUCAUCGAGGGUAGCUUGGGUAAGAUUUCAUUCAGCAAUGCUAAGGCGCCCAAGCCCAUGCUUAAUAUCAAGCGGCCUGAUAGCUCCGAGGGCCCUCGGCCGAAGAAGGUGCAAUCGGACCUCAGCCUCAGCGACCGGAAAUCCAUCCUUACCAACAUCGAGAGCGUGUACAGUGCUCUGAUGGCUAUGGAGGAUAUGGAGCGCACCAUGCCGCCUCCCCCCGAGGAGGGUGAUGCCGAGGCCAUCCAGGAGCAUAUGGAAUGGCGGCAGAAGGUCCACUCGCUGAACCAGAAGUUGUGGCGAGCCCUCAAGGUCAUGGAGCCUAUUGUGCCCAACUCAACCACCCCGCACCCUUUCAUCGCAUUCUUGUCAUAUCCCAAGGGCAAGAAGGCCAUCCCCCGCAUUUUCCGUCACAUUGACCAAGAGCAACGCGUUACCAUUCUCACCAUGAUCGUGGUCCACCUGGACAGCUUGGACGUGGUCCGUCUCGCGCAGCCCGGACCAGGCGAGGCCCAACCUUCCAUCGCAGUGCGCGAAUCCAUUGACCUCUUCUCGCUGGCCGUGAUGCCCAGCUUGCUAGGCUACGUGAAUGAAGCACCCUUCAACAUCAUUAUCGGACUGCUGGGUCUGGUGAUUGCCCAGACGCACGUGCAAUCAGUAGCCCGUACCAAGGUUGGCCUGGGUAUUUUGACGAUGCUGCUCAGCCGUGCAGAGAUUGUCAAGGAGGCUGGUCAGGCUGCCGAGCGGGACUGGCAGCAGUGGGUGGAGAAGUUCAACAUUCUGUUCGAUACCCUAGAGCCCUCGCUCGCAGAUAUCUUCCCCGGUGCGAUCAACACGGGUGACGAUAUGUAUGUGUGGCAAUUCCUGGCCGCCGUGGGUAUCGGUGCUAGCCCGGAGCAGCAGCAGCGCCUUGUGAUUGCUGUUAAGGAUCGUGUGAUGGAGACUGUGGGCUACAGCAAGACCCUGCCUGCCGAUAUGGCCAGCCAGCGGCUGGGCAAUGUCAACUUGUUCAUGCGAGCCAUCGGUCUGGAUGUCGAACUCCUGGGUUAAACCGGAAUCGUCAUAUCACCAGGAGACUCUCUUUGCAGUUUUCCUCUUCUCGAGCUACCCUAUUGCAGCCCAUGGCCGUGGGCUUAUGCAUUCCUUUGGGGGGUCUCUCGUGGGAUGAUUGCCCCUCGACCGGAUUGGCUCUUACCCCCAGUCCGUUCUCUCGAGGGCUUUGCAGACACGUCUCAGUUUUGGGUAUCUCGAUACCCUCUCCCUCCCCCGCGCAAAGUUGCUGAAACGCACAUUGGCGCCGAAUGUACUCGAGAGUUCUUGAGCCGGAUGUUCCAACCAAAUACAUGUGGGCAUAUCGACAUACUUUGGCUGAGGCCAACCAAAAACACUUGAACGGGCGACUUAUUUUUUCCAUACCCCGAACCUCGAGCAUCUCCGUGUUCUUUAUUUUCUUCUCAUACCAAUUCCAUCUUUUUUAUCUCAACUGUAUACAUUUUUCUCACGGCCGUGUUAAGCGGGAGGGAGCUUGACUCUAUGGGCAUACUGCACUGAAUUCACGGCGGGGAAUUAUGUUCUACACUCCAGGGUAGGAGGGUCUAUCCGUGUCCCUCUUGUAUCUAAUUAGUUCUAUGCUUCUCUGGAUAUGAUUGACCAUCUACGAUUUCUCCGAUAUUCUCGGUCGGAGGCUUAAUUGCACAUCUUCUUCAGGAUCUCAUGAUCCCGAAUGAGUAGUAGAUUCGGGAAUAGUGCCCCUCGGCCAAAAUCGGGAGAGCAAGAAUAAUGCAGCGGGCACCAGGGGCGAUCCACUCGGGGGCCACGUACUGGGUCCCAACGGGAAGUUGACUGGGCUUAACUUAACUGGACCUAAUACCAUCGUGAGCCUAAAUGGACCCUGGGUCCCCAGGAGAAGGAUGGACCUAGCCGGGCUUCUCAUUCGGCAAUGGCAGGCCCGGUGGGACAGAUGACCCGCACGGUCCUGAGAUGAAUCGGGC